AUGGCGGAAGAACAAGCUAACAAUAUACAAGCUCCUAAUGUUGUACAUGUCCCUACAAACAUUCCACUGCCAACCAAACUGGAUUUGAAAGGAAACUUGGCGACGAAUUGGAAAAAAUUCAGACGGAUGUGGGACAAUUAUGAAAUCGCAACUAGACUUUGUGAUUCGGAAAGUAAAUACAGGACUGCUACCCUACUGACUUGUAUAGGCGUGGAUGCAUUGGAUAUUCUUGAUGGUUUAACCUUCACACAGGAAGAGGAUAAACAGGAUAUAGACAUUGUACUGCAGAAGUUUGAAACAUUUUGUGUCGGAGAGACCAAUGAAUCUUACGAGAGAUACUGCUUUAAUCGCCGAGACCAGGAGACAUCAGAGACUGUUGACUCGUAUGUUGCAGUGCUUCGUACACUUGCAAAGACGUGCAAUUAUGGACAGCUGGAAGAUAGCUUAAUAAGAGACAGAAUUGUGGUUGGAAUUCGUGACAACAAUACUCGAAAGAGGUUGUUGCAGGAUGCGAGACUGACUUUAAAAUCUUGCAUUGAUGUGUGCAGAGCACAUGAAUCGGCUUCUCAGCAGAUGAAAUCUAUGGCUUCUGUUGACGAAGUUCAGCAGGUAAGGGACAAACAUAAGAACAAAACCCAACACAGACAGAAAACGCAGAAGCAACAUAAAGGGAAACAGAAGAACCAUUCAGAGCUGGAAUGUAAAUUCUGUGGCAAACGUCAUCCUUUUGUUAAGGAAAAAUGCCCUGCCUGGGGUAAAGUUUGCUCCCACUGUGAUAAACCCAAUCACUUUUCGUCCAAAUGUCCAAAUAAAGGCAAACAGAGACAGCAUAAAGUUCAUCAAGUGGACACUGAUGAGGAAUCAUCAGAUGGGGAAGAGGAAUAUGUGCUGUCCGUAAGUUCAAAAGGAAAACAGACUGACACCAAUGGCAAAGGAUUUCCAAAACGUAUCUUUGCCCGUAUGAUUCUAAAUCGCAAAACUAUUGUUUUCCAGUUGGACUGUGGAGCUACGAUCAAUAUUCUCCCUGAGAAUCUCUACGCUGAAAUCUACAAUGACAGACAACUGAAGAAAGUGGAAAAAUCCACAACAACCCUUGUUAUGUUCAAUGGAACAGAAACUAUACCUGUCGGGAAACGCCGCAUUUCAAUGAAAAAUCCUAAGAAUGGGAGGAAAUACAGCGUUGAAUUUGUCAUCGUGAAGGGUGAUUACAGACCUCUGUUGGGAGCCAGAGCGGUUCAACAGAUGAAUCUUAUAACUGUAGAGACUGAGAAUAUUAUGCUGCUGUCGCAUCAGCACAGUGAUGAUGUGAAGUCAAGGAAACAGCCUGGUGUUACCAUGAAUGAAAUCAAGUCUUCCUAUAGAGAUGUUUUUCAAGGAGAAGGAAAACUGGAAGGACUGCUACAUCUUGAAGUCGACGACAAAGUGCAACCUGUUAAGUUGCCAUGUCGCAAAGUUCCUGUUGCUCUUCAGCCUAAACUGAAAGAAGAGUUAGAGACUCUGACCAAGAAAGGUAUAAUUAAGCCAGUCACCGUGCCUACUGACUGGAUUUCAGCAAUGGUUGUGGUUUCUAAACCCGAUGGACGACUUCGUCUGUGUAUCGAUCCAAAACCUCUGAACUCUGCUCUGAAACGAAACCAUUACCCAACCCCCACGAUCGAUGAUCUCCUUCCUGAUCUUGCCAAUGCUAAAUGCUUUAGCCACGCUGACGCGAAGAAUGGAUUCUGGCACGUUGAGCUCGAUGAAGAGAGCAGCCACCUGACCACUUUUGAAACUCCUUGGGGACGGUACCGCUGGCUCCGUAUGCCAUUUGGUAUUUCUACCGCACCGGAAGAAUUCCAGCGUAGACUCAACGAAACACUGGAAGGUCUAGAUGGUGUGAAAGUAGUACACGAUGAUGUUCUAGUUUUUGGUGUUGGAGACACUGACCAAGAAGCUGACGAGGAUCACGACAGAAAGGUGAUUGCCUUCAUGGACAGAUGUCGUGAGAAGAACAUUAAACUGAAUCAGAGUAAGUUUCAACUCAAGUGCCGGGAGGUUCCAUAUCUUGGACACAUCUUGUCUUCUUCUGGAUUGAAAGCUGAUCCUUCUAAAGUGACGGCAAUCAAGGAUAUGCCAGCCCCGACGGAUAAGAAAAGUGUACAACGUCUGUUAGGCAUGGUCAACUUCCUCCAGAAAUUUGCCCCAAAACUAUCAUCGACAACUGCCCCUUUAAGAGAACUUCUCAAAAAUGAGAAUCACUUUCUCUGGGAUGAAGAAGUCCAUGGAAAAUGUCUUCAGGAAGUGAAGGAUAUCUUGUCAAGUCCUCCUGUUUUGAGAUAUUUUGACGACAAAGCUGAAACAGUACUUCAAUGCGAUGCUUCCCAAGAUGGACUGGGAGCAUGUCUCAUGCAAAAUGGCCAGCCGGUGGCCUAUGCAUCGCGUUCCUUGUCUUCUGCAGAGAAGAAUUAUGCACAGAUUGAGCGAGAAAUGCUCGCCAUUGUCUUUGGAAUGGAACGGUUUGAACAAUACGUCUAUGGAAGGAAAGUCAGGAUUGAAUCCGACCAUAAACCACUGGAAUCAAUCGUCCGCAAAAGCCUACACAGCGCCCCGAAGAGACUACAACGCAUGCUAUUGAGGCUACAGAAGUUUGAUUAUGAAGUGACGUACAAGAAAGGAACAGAGAUGUAUCUUGCCGACGCACUCAGUCGCGCAUACUUACCAUAUUCCAAGACAGCUACAAAUGAACAUGGAGAUGUCAUGCUAAUUGACGACAGGUGUCCAACAGCUAUCGAGACAGAAUCCAUCAAUAUGGUUGAGUAUCUUGCUAUCUCUGACCAGCGGAUAGGGUUGAUCCAAACAGCCACGUCAUCGGAUCCAACCAUGUCAACACUGAAGAGAGUGAUACAGGAUGGAUGGCCAGACAGAAAGGAAGAUGCUCCCUUUACAGUACAGCAAUACUUCCCAUUCAGAGAUGAACUCUCCGUUCAGAAUGGAAUAGUGUUUAAAGGUGAGAGAGUUAUCGUUCCUGUUAGUGUCAGACCAGAAAUCUUGCACCGACUCCACUCAUCGCACAUUGGUCUUCAGUCAUGCAUUCGACGAGCCAGAGAGCUAGUAUACUGGCCGAACAUGAUAAAGGACAUUACCGAUUUGUUAAGUAAGUGUGACACGUGCAACGCCUUACAGAACAACCAGCCGAAAGAGACUCUCAUCAGCCAUGAGAUUCCCAGUCGCCCAUGGGAAAAAGUGGGUUGUGACCUAUUUGAGUUUGAUGGCAAGGAUUAUAUGAUACUGGCAGACUAUUACUCUGACUACUUCGAGAUUGAUCGACUACAUGACAAAACGGCUACUACAGUGAUAAAAACGAUGAAAUCACAGUUUGCCCGUCAUGGAAUUCCUGUCCAGCUCAUGUCAGACAAUGGCCCUCCCUAUAAUUCGACCGAGUUUAAGAAGUUUGCCGACAAGUAUGAGUUUGAACAUAUUACUUCUUCGCCACGUUAUCCGCAAUCAAAUGGCAAAGUGGAAAGCGCAGUUAAAACCGUGAAGCAGCUCAUGGCCAAAUCUCUACAUGCCAAAACAGAUCCCUUCCUUGCUUUGCUAGAAUGGAGAAACAUACCAGCAGAAGGAAUUGGUAGCUCAUCAGUACAGAGAUUGUUUGGACGAAGAACAAGGACUCUUCUACCAGCAACCAACGAACUUCUCAAGCCGAAAACCGUUGACAGAGUCACCGAUAAACUGGCAAGUAGAAAGCUGAAACAAGCUCGAUACUACAAUCGUUCCGCUCGUGAUCUCGCUGAUCUGCAACCUGGAGAUGUGGUAAGACUUAAGCCCCACAACAGAGACAAACAGUGGCAGAAAGCAGUUGUUGACAAACAAGUAGACAUACGCUCCUACAGCAUUCACACUGAAGAUGGUAGACGGUUCAGAAGAAACCGCCGUGAUCUAAGAACGACAAAGGAAGACUGCCCAGAGAGGUUCUUCCACAUCUUCAAUUCAGAGACUGUUGAACAUCCAGAACAUUGGUUUAAGUCGUCGUGUUUCAAAGAACUAUCCGUGGAGAUGUUCGUGCAGACUUUGGCUGUUCAUCAACUAAAAAUGGAAGAGCACAUCAGCUUAUAUUUUAAAGAAGAUCACAUUGAAAUUGGACUGCUUCUCGCGGAAGAACACCAUGUAGAAGUCACGCAGAAUUUGUCUACCGCUGUACUUGAUGUAGAUUUCCCUGUGUUUGUGCGGAGGGAGAGGUCAGUUGGGGUCAUUCUGUACAAAGGCCUGAACGGCCUCUUGCGGGAAUACGAGACGUGUGUCACUUCAGAUGGCGAAGAAACUCGUUGUUGGUUUUCGCCCAAGGAUAAAUCGAUCCUGGUCUUUGUGAUUCCAGCUAUGUCUGUGGCUCUGGUGAACGUUGGGAUUCUGGUAGAGGUGAUGCGGGUUGUUGUACGCCUGAGCAGGACCUCCAUCGACAAUAGACUGGAGAGAAUACGGAAGACGGCCAAAGCUUCCGUCCUACUUCUACCACUUCUGGGAGGGACCUGGUUAUUGGGAGUCUUUGCCCUGUCUCAACAGACAGUCGUCUUCCAGUAUCUGUUUGCCCUGACAAACUCCACGCAAGGACUUCUUCUGUUCCUCUGCCACUGUGUGACGUCAUCAGAGGUACGCCAGGCCUUUGCCCGCAAAAAACAUGCCUGGGAAUUAAACAGGCGACUGCUACGGCUGUCAAAGGUGAGCCCAGCCUCGAUGAAGUCCAUGGGAUCGAAUGAGUUGGCGACAAUCGCUAUGACCGAAGUCUCCAAGACAUCCUCAUCUGGCAAAUGA